AUGACAGAGGUUAGAUGUCAGCCGUGGGGGAAUUUGCCCAGCAAGGUGGAUCUGUGGACGCUCCAGUCAUCUCAAGUGAAAGUGGAAAUCCUUACACUUGGUGCCAUUAUAAGGUCUAUUUAUAGCAAGGGGAAAGAUGGUCAGAUGGACGAUGUAGUCUUGGGAUAUGAUGACCUGGAAGGUUAUGUGUUGGACAAGCGGUACUUUGGAGCUGUCGUGGGCCGUGUAGCAAACAGGAUUGCUCAAGGAUGUUUUGUAGUAGAUGGGAAAACAUACCGAUUAGAAAUAAACAAUGGCCCUAAUGCUCUGCAUGGAGGUUCACGUGGCUUCAAUAAGGCUAUUUGGAUUGCGACCGCAGUUGAAUGUGGUGUGAAAAUGUGUCUUACCAGUCCAGAUGGAGACCAGGGCUAUCCUGGAGAGAUGCAGGUCUCUGUUACCUAUACAUUGCAGGAGGGAACACUGACUGCAGAGUAUCAAGCUCAGUCCACUAAAACAACACCAAUCAACCUCACUAACCACUCCUAUUUCAACCUUGGUGGACAGGCUGCAGAUAAUAUCUAUGACCAUGAAGUGUCCAUCAAUGCUAAUUCAUACUUGCCAGUGGAUGACACAUCUAUACCCACAGGAGAAAUCAAAGCAGUCGAUGGCUCACCCUUUGACCUCAGGCAGCCGGUUCUGAUUGGCCCUCAAUUAAAAAAAGUUCCAGGUUCUGGAUUUGACCACAACUUUUGUCUGUCAUCACCUGGAGACCCAUGGACUGAGAAAACUGCUGCCAGGAUUUACCACCCUGGCAGCGGUCGCAUUCUAGAGGUUUCAACUAGCCAACCAGGAGUCCAGUUCUACACAGCUAAUGUCUUAGAUGGCUCAAUAAUAGGGAAAGGUGGAGUUAAAUAUGGGAAGCACUGCGCCUUCUGUUUGGAGACUCAGAAUUGGCCUGAUGCUGUCAACCAGGCUUCAUUUCCUGACUGCCUUCUCCAUCCUGACGAGGAAUAUCGACAUCUGACUCGAUUCACAUUCACUUAUGCGGAUUGA